CGUUAUACCUGUCCUGAAUGUCAAAAGACUUUUUCUCGGCCGAGUUCAUUACGCAUUCACAAGCACAGUCAUACAGGCGAGCGGCCGUAUGUGUGUAAUGUCAAGGGUUGUGAGCGUGCCUUUUCAGUACGCAGCAACUUGCGCAGGCAUAUGAAGAUU